GUGUGGUGUGUGUGUGUGUGCAGCUCCUGGCGAUGCAGUGGCCGUUUGCCGACAGUGUGUUGGGUCUGUUCCUCUGUAAGCUGUUUCCAUUCCUGCAGAAAGCUUCGGUCGGCAUCACCGUCCUCAACCUGUGUGCUCUGAGUGUGGACAGGUAUCGUGCGGUGGCGUCCUGGUCCCGGGUGCAGGGAAACGGCGUUCCCAUGGUAACGGCGACGGAGAUCGUGGCGAUCUGGCUGCUGUCCCUGACGCUGGCCGUGCCCGAGGCCGUCGGCUUCAGCAUGGUCAGCUUCGACUACAGGAACGUCACCAUGACGACCUGCAUGCUGCAGGCCAAGACGCCCUUCAUGACGUUCUACCGCGAUGCGAAGGACUGGUGGCUGUUCGGUUUCUACUUCUGCGUCCCCGUGGUCUGCUCCGCCGUCUUCUACGGGCUGAUGACCUGCGAGAUGCUGCGACACCAGAGAGGAAGUCUGAGGGUCGCACUGAGUGAACACCUGAAACAGCGUAGGGAAGUAGCCAAAGCCGUGUUCUGCCUGGUGCUGAUCUUCGCUCUGUGCUGGUUUCCUCUUCAUCUGAGUCGCCUGCUGAAGUGGACCGCCUACAAAUCCCAUGAUGCAAACCGCUGCGAACUCUUAAAUUUCCUGUUGGUGCUCGACUACUUCAGCAUCAACAUGGCGACCAUCAACUCCUGCAUCAACCCCAUAAUCCUCUACUUCGUCUCCAAGAAGUUCAAGAAAUGCUUCAAG